UCGGCGGUGGUGGUGUCUAUCUAUCCUCCUCGCGCUCUCCCGCGUCGAUCGCCUCUGCUUGCGUCGUUGUUGUGUUCGUGGGGGUGGGGGUGGGGGUGGGGGUGGAUGAGUGAGAGGUGGUGGGUUUGACCGGACGCACCGGAUGUGUGCUGUGGGGAGGUGGAGAUGCGCUCGGGAUUGAGGGGCUGAUCUCGGAGAGGAGGCGUGAGGGGGGCGGGUGCUAUUAUGGAGAGAGGAGGAGGAGGAGGAGGGGUGGCGGGGAGCGAGCAGGGGACGCCGGAGAGCGAAAUGGGGGACGGAGACAACGACAGCGUGGACUACGCGGCGGAGAUGGAGGUGGACGCCUCCGGGAACGGGGCGGCGGCUGACGCGGCGUACGCGGCGCGCGCGGGCGCGUACGACGGCGUCGACCCGUUCGAGGGGAUGGAGUUCGACGACGAGGAGGACGCGUGGACCUUCUACAACGUGUACGCCCACCGCGUCGGCUUCAGCACAAGAAUUAGCGUCAUGCACCGCUCGCGACGGGACGGCUCCAUCAUGUCGCGCCAGUUCGUCUGCGCCAAGGAGGGGUUCCGCACUUACCGCGGGAAGAACGAGGUCUCCCCUGUCGCCGGCGGCAGCGGCGAGGAUAGCGCGAGGGGCCGCCGUACUCGGGCCGUCACAAGGGUUGGGUGCAAGGCAAUGAUCCGGGUGAAGAAGCAGGACAAUGGUCGGUGGGCCGUCACCAAGCUUGAGACCGAGCACAACCAUCCUCUGGUCCCUCCGAACCAGGCACACUGCCUGCGCCCUCACAAGCCACUGUCAGAGUGUGGGAAGCAGCGUGCAUUUGGGGUUCCUCGAAAUGGUGGUAUGCUUCUUGCUAUUGAGCCUCCACCAACACCUGUUUCGCCGCCUGUGCUGCAGAUAAGCGUUCCUCAAGGAGCUCCGUCGUAUACUAGGGAUUGUAUUGGAGAUCAUGUACGAGUAAUUCUGGAUUAUGUCAAGCGCAUGCAAGCUGAAGACCCAGCUUUCUUUUAUGCCAUGCAAUUUAUUGAUGGACAUCCAGUAGGGAAUAUCUUUUGGGCUGAUGCAAGGGCAAGGAUGGCAUACAAACACUUUGGAGACGCUGUUUUCUUGGAUGAUUACUGCAAAAGGAGCAAGUUUCAGCUCCCACUUGUUGCUUUCACUGGAGUUAAUCACCAUUGCCAGCCAGUCCUAUUUGGUUGUGCGAUCAUUGGGGAUAACUCUGAGGCUUCCUUUGCUUGGUUGUUUGAGACACUCCUCUUGGCAAUGUCUGGUCAACACCCUGAUUCUCUUACCACAGAGCAUGAUAGUGACAUACAAUCAGCUGCCUUUAAGGUUCUUCCCCGAACUAGGCACCGUUUCUGCAGAUGGCACAUCUUGAAUGAAGCACAUGAUAGGCUAUCACACUUGUCGAAUGCAUUUCCUUCCUUACAUGAGGAGCUUGUCAAUUGUAUCAACAUGUCUGAGACAAUUGAUGAGUUUGAAGCAAACUAUAUGGCAUUAAUUACUAAGGUUGGCCUGGGGAAUAGCGAGUGGCUCUAUUCAAUGUAUAAUUGCCGGCAACAUUGGGUCCCAGUGUACUUGAGGGAUACAUUUUUUGGGGAUGAAUCAUCAAAAGAGGAGUGUGCUAGUAGGAGUUCAUUUUUCGAUGGCUAUAUCAGUUCAAAAACUGAUUCGCAGUCAUUCAUCCAGCAAUAUGAAAAGGCUUUGGACUGUUGUUAUGAGAAGGAGGUGAAGGAAGAAUUUGAGACAAAGUACUCACUUCCAGAAAUCAAGACAUCAUCUCCUAUUGAGAAGCGUGGUGCGGACUUAUACACAAGGUCAAUGUUCUUGAAAUUCCAACAGGAACUUGUUGAUGCCUCUGUUUCCUCUCUGGAAAUAAUAAAGGAGGAUGGCAAAUCUCGCAUAUAUAAGGUGACCAAAUCUGCAGGAAGUGAGAAAUCUCAUACGGUCAAAUUCAAUUCUUUGGAAAAUUCCGCAACAUGUAGCUGUCAGAUGUUUGAACAUUUAGGUAUUGUCUGUAGGCACAUACUUACUGUCUUUGGCACACACUGUGUAUCUUCACUUCCUUCUCAGUACAUUGUAAAAAGAUGGACUAAAUACGCCAUGGAAAGAAACCCAGACAAGAAAAUGGAUGAAGUUAGCAAAGUUAAUGAGCCCAAGGAGGAGCAAAAAAGUGGUGUUGAAGAUGGCGAGCAAUCUCAGACAUGGCGCUACAACAGUUUAUGUCGUGAAGCACUUAGAUAUGCUGAAGAAGGAGCAUCAUCGGUAGAGGUUUAUAUUGUAGCAAUGCAGGCUCUUCAAGAGGCUACAAACAAGGUAAAUAUGGCAAAAAGAGGCAUUGGGCAGGUAUCGCCAAAUGCACCAUUGGCAGUGAUGCCAAUUGCAGCCCAACCACCAACUGAGGGCUUCAGAAAAGCACAGGAGAUUGGUUUUAAUCAGCGAAAAAAGAGAAGAAGGAAUUCAAACAACAAAGUGACAGAGAAUUCAUCAAAUCAACUUAUGUAUCUGCAACAGCCUGUUAAUUUUUUGUUUGUUGCUCCUGGUACAUCAAGUGGUCCACAAGGGCCUAAUCAAAUAGUUGCUGCAGUUCCUGUUUCUUCGAGUGUGCCACAUGGUCAAACAUCUCGUGCAAACCACUCAACUGAUGGAAAUACUACACCCUGUUCUGUAGCUGCUCAAAAACAUUCUGACUUGCCCAGCCGCAAUGCAUCAGCACCUUCUUUUGGAAAUGUUGUGCAAGAAGGAGAAAUUAAAUCUUCAGGGUUUUCUUCGCAAAUAAAAGAGAGUCAUGAAUUGUCCCAAGGUAAUGGCAGCAAGGGAAACAGUGUAGCAAGUUCUACACCUUCACCACAGCUUGUGACAGUUCCUGUUGGACUGUGCUUGCCUUCCAUGGACAGCUCGAGGACAUCUGCAGAUCUUUCUGUCAAUGCAGACGCGAUGAAUUCUACAAACUCUGGAAGCAUGAAUAGCAAUGGUAAUGCGUCAUUUGGUCUCUGUCAAUCUCAAUCUACUCAUUCACAGACAAGAACAUUAGCAGACAAUGCUGAUCCUCGGCCAUUUCCUGAGGGUUCUUCCAUUCGGGCAGCAGCCAUUGCAGCAGGUGCACGCAUUGCAUCUCCAUCUGAUGCCGCUUCAAUCAUAAAAGCGGCACAGUCAAAAGGUGCUAUCCACAUUAGGCCAGUAGAAGGCGUCUCAAAUUAUCUGAAACCGUUAGCCCCACAACCGCUCUCCUCACUACCACCAGGCAACAUACCCAGUUCGGUGCAUGCUUCCUCAAGCCAGGCGCAACCUGGGCGGUGCAGCUUUGGUGAUUCUGCAGCAGCCAAGGAUGCAAUUUUUGGUUCCACAGACAGCAGUGAUGAAGAUGAGUAUGAUGAAGAUGAUGACACUGACGAUAACGACGAAGAUGAGGGGAUAACUGGUGACGAGGUGGAACAAGAAUAAUCUUCAUAUUGGAACCUCGUCGGCUCUCACCUGUACUUGUACUAACCUCUCCUAAUGGCUUCUGAGGCCCUGAUCUAUAACAAACCUUUUCACCCAUGGAAUCUCUUAGAGCAUAGCUGUAUACAUGUUUAUAGCCUGUAUGUAAGCCCCGAAUUACUGCCUUCAUGAGCCUAGAAGUUGUCCCCCCUCCUCUCUUAAGCAUGCCUGGGAGUCCCUUUUUGUCAACCUAAUCAUAAACAUUGAGUUUUGCUAAGCUUGGUUUUUUAUUGGCUCUUUCUGGGGUUUGGUCAAGUAGUCAGCUCGCAUGUGAGGUUAUGUACAGAAUGAGUUGUUUGCUUGCUAAAUGCUUCAACAGCUCAAAAUUUUGUACUCCCAUUUUUCUCUUCUUGGAGAGAGAU